GUUGUGCUUCAAGUAGGUAUUCGGAGUGUGGCCUCCAUUUUUAUCUAUAGCUUCAUGUAAAUGACAUGACAUUGUUGACGUAACUGAUUGACAGCGUCGGUUCGUUUCGUUUUUUAUCUGUCUUGUCUGUUUCCUUCGCCGAGUGGUUUUGCAAAGAAAGGCUCGUUUUGAUUAUAUUUUGUUUGUUUGCGCAAAAUUAAUAAGAUACUUGCACUCUAACGCUAUGUGCAAACUGCAGCUAUUGGAAGUUUCCGGAGGAAUCCAAACAAGGACGCCGAGGCGCGGACCUGAGCAAUAGCCAGGAGGCAUGGAAGCUCGAGGCGGAGUACGCAGCAGCGCCAGGCUCAGCGGCGAGGCGGCCCGCAGCGGCGGCAGCGGGAGCAGCGGCAAUGGCCGGCCGGCGGAGGUGGCGGCGGCGGCGGCGGCGGCGGCGGCGCUGCGGCGCGAGCGCGCGGCCGAGCGAGCGCGGGAGGUGGAGGACAGCCCGCGGGUGCUGCGCGACAAGUGCCGCCGACUAGCGCGCGCGCUGCGCAACGCCAAGCACCUUGUGGUGUAUACUGGAGCGGGCAUCAGUACAGCGGCGGACAUCCCUGACUACCGAGGGCCGCAUGGGGUUUGGACGCGACUGCAGCGUGGAGAAACUGUAGGGCGCGUGGAGGUGUCGCGCGCGCAGCCCACCUUCACGCACAUGGCGCUCACGGCGCUGUGGGCGCGCGGCGCGCUCAAGUUCGUGGUCUCGCAGAACUGCGACGGCCUGCACCUGCGCGCCGGCCUGCCGCGCCGCGCGCUCGCCGAGCUGCACGGCGACAUGUUCGCCGAGCACUGCGCCGCCUGCCGCCGCGUCUACCUGCGCGCCUUCGACACCACCGAGCGCACGGCGCGCCACGCGCACGGCACGCGCCGCCUGUGCCACGCCUGCGGCGCCGAGCUGCGCGACUCCAUCGUGCACUUCGGCGAGCGCGGCCGCGCCGCCUGGCCGCUCAACUGGGCCGGCGCGCUGCGCCACGCGGCCCGCGCCGACGUCGUGCUGUGCCUCGGCUCCAGCCUCAAGGUGCUGCGCCGCUACCCGCGCCUGUGGCGCAUGCACGCCGCGCCGCGCGCGCGCCCCGCGCUCUACAUCGUCAACCUGCAGUGGACGCCCAAGGACUCGGUGGCCGCGCUCAAGAUCAACGCGCGCUGCGACGCCGUCAUGCGCCAGGUGGCGCGCCGCCUGCGCCUGCGCGUGCCGCGCUACCGCGCCGAGCGCGACCCGCUGCUGGCGCACGCCGAGCCGCUGGCCGAGCCCGAGGCGCACACCACGCGCCGGCCGCUGCUGCGCGCGCCGCCCGCGCCCGCCGCGCCCUCCUCCGACGACCCGUCCUCGCCCUCCGCCUCCGACUCCGACGAGGAGCUGCCGCUGCUGCGCCUGGCCGAGCGCCUGCGCGGGCCCGCCGAGCCCGAGCCGCCGCCCGCGCGGUCCCCGGAGCCGCCGCCGCCGCCGCGCCCGCCCGAGCCGCGAUCUCAACCGCCGGAUUUGCUGCGCGCCUUCCAGGUACCGUCGUUUUUCUCGCCGAGCGAUCGCCCCCCUCGUCGAUCCGCCGACGUAGUGAAGUCUACCUCACGUUUCUCGCAGGUGAGCAUGCGGUCGGGGCACGCGACGAUCCUGCUGCGAGCCGAGCACGCGCCGUGCGCGCGGCCGCCGCCGCCGGAGCCGCCGCCGGGCUCGCUGCGCAGCUUCCGCAUGGCGCGGCCGCGCGCCGCCGCGCCACCGCCGCCGGCCGCGCUCGCCCCGCUCAAGGUCGAGAAGGAGGAGGCCGGAGACCCGGAGCCGCCGAACGGGCUCAGCUCGCGGCUGCGCCGCCUGCUGGAGUGCGAGCCGCGGCUCGGCGCCGACGCGAAGCCGAAGCCGGAGCCGAAGCUGGAGCCGAAGCCGGAGCCGAAGGACGAGUCGUCGUCGUCGUCGUCGGAGGACGGCGGCGGCGCGGGCGCGCUGGCGGCGGCCAUCAUCGCGCGCGCCGUGCUGGUGUGCCGCGCGUCGCUGUACCCGGGGCUGCACACCAUCAUCGCGCCGCCGCCGCCGCCGCCGCCGCCGCGCGCCGAGUGCGCCUGGUGCCUGCGGCGGCACGCGGCGCGGCGCUGCCUGUGGUACGGGCCGGCGCGCGGCACGCCGCUGGAGGCGGCGUGCUGCACGGAGGCCGCGCCGGCCGCCGCGCCGCCGGCGGAGGACGGGGGCGGCUGGUACGGCAAGGGGUACCGCAAGGGCCGGCGCCGGCGCAGGUAGCGCGAGGCGGGCGCGGCCGAGGGCCCCGCGGGCCCCGCCGGCGCGCGCCCCGCCCCCGCCCCGGGGGACGGCGGAGCUCCGCCCGAUCUCGAGACUGAAAUCGAUCGAGUCUCGUGAAGUUGGUUACCCUAUCUUUGAGACGGAGCCCCCACCGAUUGAGGAAGCGCGACUCCCGAGUGUGCUUCCGAAGUGAUCCGCGCCGACCUGACGUCGCGCCGGCCCGCGGUCGGUUGAGACUGUAACGUUCUGACUGAACUGAUGUGCGAGCGUGUCGUCGUCCGAGACGGCCGUCGCAUGAUGUAUUUAUUUUUUUACAAAGAUUAGGUUAUAGCUACGAACAAAAUAGAUAGGUAUUGAAUGAAUUAUAAGUGAGUAGGUACAAUUAAUAAAAUAAUAUUUCUCCUUUGUGUAUAUGACCUAAUCUAGCUUAAGAUUUGUAUCUCAAUACUGGUAUUAUUCAAUGGUUGUGAUACGAGUGCUUAAAACGCCCACUUUAAUGAUUUUCACACUUGUCACAAACUUGAUAAAUCAUGAUUAUUAUUUAUCUGAUACACAGAAUUGUAAACCUCUUGAUUGAAUUAAUUAAUAUAACUGAUGAAUUAAUUAAUAUAAUUGAUUUAAUUAAUUAAUAUAAUUUUUACUGAAUCAAGAAUGUUUCAAUUGCAUAUUUUUAAUUAAAUUAUUAUUGGUUCAAUUGAUUUACCUAUAAUAAUAUGCUUUAAUUGCACACAUGUCGGUAAUGUUGGUGUUAUUUGAAUUUCAUUUUUUAAUAUGCCGCUAUGAUGAAGUGAAGUGGACCUUAAGGGACAGGUUUUAUAAUUUGUUUAGUACAAACUGCUAUGCCAUAGAAUAAGAUUUUUCUGGAACAAAUGUAUUUGUCUUCCUUUAUAAUUUCAUAUAUUAUGCUACAGUUCUCGCGUAAUAUUUUAAACACCAUCAUAGACGUCGAGGCAACUCGUGAGAACAUCACAAUAUAACAUUAAGUUAGAUAAUAAUUAAAAGUCAUGCUACGGGUGUCUUUGUGAGGUUUUAGCUUCACGGAUUUUUUUUUAAAACGUAUGGCCAUCCUGUUAACGCAAUGAUUGGCUUAGAUUUAACAAGUUGUUUGACCCGAGUGGCGUGUGCUGUCUGUGUACAAGCGACAAUUGUUCAUUAAUUAACGGGUGCCAUGUGCCAGAAUGUGAAAUAAACUUGUGGAACAUGA